AGAGAGAGAGAGAGAGAGAGAGCGAGAGAGAGAGAGAGAGCGCGCGCUAAUCUGAGCUGCAGAGGGACAGCAGGACAGUCCGAGCAGCUCUGCCACAGCGAGGGGGACAGGACUUCUGUUUGUUUGGAGGUGUCUUUGGAUAUUCGUGACUGUGGAGUGAGUGGCUCACCUGGCGCAGUAUCAGCAGUGUGUGUGAUGCGUUUCUCCGGCUCCAUGCGGCUCCGCAUCGGUGAGGCGGUGCACCUGCAGCCCACCUGCACCGCCACGCGCCACGCUGCGCUCUUCGGUAAAGUGACUCAGUCGCUGGACCCCUACAUCGUAGUGAAGGUGGACGAGUACCGUGUGGGCCAGACGCGCACCAAGCACCGCACAAACUCCCCCACGUACAACGAGGAGUUCAGCGCGUGCGUGAGCACCGGCACCACGCUGGAGCUCGCCGUGUUCCACGACGCUCCUAUAGGAUACGACCAGUUCAUAGCAAACUGCACCAUACGCUUCCAGGACCUGAUGGAGCCCACCAGCACCGAGGAGAUCUUUGAGGGAUGGGUUGAUCUGGAGCCAGAGGGCAAAGUAUACAUCAUGAUCACUCUCAACGGAUCUUUCACUGACGACGACGCUGCAGUGACCCCUCAUCACUAUAAACAGCUAACGAGGAAACGGCAGCAGGCCGUCCGCCGCAGGGUCCAUCAGGUCAACGGGCACAAGUUCAUGUCCACUUUCCUCAAGCAGCCCACCUUCUGCUUCCACUGCAAAGACUUCAUAUGGGGUAUGUUUGGAAAACAAGGCUACCAGUGUCAGGUUUGCACCUGUGUUGUCCACAAACGAUGCCAUCAGCUGGUGGUAACCGAGUGUCCACGCAUGAAGAAGCCUGCCAAAGAACAGACAACCAAUCAGGGCUUCAGUAUAAAUGUUCCCCACAAGUUCAACGUCCACAACUACAAGGUUCCUACUUUCUGUGACCACUGUGGCUCCUUACUGUGGGGGAUUGUGAAACAGGGGCUGCACUGCAAGAUUUGUAAGAUGAAUGUUCAUAUACGCUGUAAGGGGAAUGUAGCGCCCAACUGCGGAGUCAACAACGUGGAACUGGCCAAUAAGCUGGCAGAAAUGGGCCUGCAGCCCGGAGGGAUGUCCAAACGCAACUCGCUGUCUCCAGCUGCUCUGGAAGCGCACUCGCGCAGCGUGAGCGUGAAGAGAGGAUCUGAAGCUGCAGACAAGGAGCGGGGCCGGAUUCUGGGAAUGGACGACUUCACCUUCCUGCAGGUCCUCGGCAAAGGCAGCUUCGGGAAGGUGAUGCUGGCUCGUCUGAACAGCUCUGAAAAAGUUUUUGCUGUGAAAGUGCUGAAAAAGGACAUCAUUCUGCAGGACGAUGAUGUGGAGUGCACAAUGACGGAAAAACGAGUGCUGUCCCUCGCUUGCUCUCAUCCGUACCUCACACAGCUCUACUGCUGCUUCCAGACCCCGGAGCGGUUGUUUUUUGUGAUGGAGUUUGUGAACGGUGGAGAUUUGAUGUUCCACAUUCAGAAAUCCAGAAAGUUUGAAGAGAACAGAGCGAGAUUCUACACGGCGGAAAUAACGUCUGCUCUCACCUUCCUGCACAGCAAAGGCAUCAUAUACAGGGAUCUAAAGCUGGAUAACGUGCUACUGGACAAGGACGGUCACUGUAAGCUGGCCGACUUCGGCAUGUGUAAGGAGGGAAUAUUUGAGGGCGCUGCGACCGGAACCUUCUGCGGAACUCCUGAUUACAUCGCUCCUGAGAUCCUGCAGGAGAUGCUGUACGGGCCGUCGGUUGAUUGGUGGGCUCUGGGAGUGCUUCUUUAUGAGAUGCUGUCAGGCCACGCCCCCUUUGAGGCAGAGAACGAGGACGAUCUGUUUGAGUGCAUCCUGAACGAGGAGAUCAUCUACGCCUCCUGGCUCAGUGCCAACGCCGUGGACAUCCUGAAAGCUUUCCUGACAAAGAACCCCUCUCGUCGUUUGGGCUGCGUGGCGACAGACGGCGGGGAAAACGCCAUCAUCAGCCACGCCUUCUUCAGCACCAUCGACUGGGAUAAGCUGAACCAGCGGGAGCUCGAGCCGCCCUUUAAACCCCGAAUCAAAACUCCGGAAGAUGUCAACAACUUUGACCCGGACUUCACGCAGGAAGAGGCCAUCCUCACGCCCGUCGAGGACCCUUUAAUCCCGUCCAACAACCAGGAUGAGUUCCUCAACUUUUCUUUCACUUCUCCGGAGCUGCUGCAGUAUUGCCCACCUUAGACCACGAGAGGGCGCUGUAAAGGAAAAAGCACAGCUGUAAGCUGUCAUAGAGGACCGACAGCAUCGAAGGGGUUGAAUUUAAUGUCACAGUGGAAGUUAUGGAGCGCUACAUUGGAGCCAGAAGACAUUCGGUUGUAUCAAAAUGAGCCAAAGCUAUCGUGAUUUAGCCAAAGCUAGGAUGUGGAUGCGAGUUUCUGCUGCGCUGACAGAAGUUAUGAUGAGAUUUCUGGUCAUUUCUCACUGGAAAUCUACAAUAAAAUGAACGGUUCCAGUUUUGCAUCUGAAGAGGUCAGCGUCUGCUCCGUCAGAGCUGUGGUUUCGUCUGUUCUGGUUUUAAUGUUUAAGUUUGUUUGAUGAGGUUUUAUUGCAGCUGGGUUUUUUUUAAGUUGUCUCGCCUUGGACGUGCCUUUGAUCCUGCAGGAUGAUGCGUGUUUUAAGCUAAAAUGGUGCUGUUGCUUUUACCGAAAUGUUAAAGACUCCAUUUCUGGCUGACUUUCAUGCUUGGACAGAUACAGUUCAGGCAUUUCCUUCCUGUGACUGAAAUAAUUGGGAAAUAACAGGGCAGGGCUUAAUGUGCAGGGAAAGCAGCCAAUCAGACUCUCUCCAGACUGAAACUGCAGCAGAUGUUAUUUCAGAACUGAAGACUGCUGGGUUCAUCGAGACUGAUUCCAAAGUCCUUGCAGAGGCUCUUAUGCUUCUUUAACUCUCUGAAUGUUUCCAGCAAACUGAUGAAAUAUCUGUGUUUCCAGUGCACUGAACUCCUUGACCUGCUGAUUUGGGGGUAUCUGAGGGGGGCAUUUGAGGGGUAUUGGAGAUAUUGGAUAAUCUCAGAGGGGGUGUCUGAGGGGUAUAGGGGGUAUUUUGGAGGUGUCAGAGGACCACAUGAAGGGGUAUCAUGGGGUAAAUGGGGUAUCAGUGGGCGAUUGGGGGUAUUGAAGGUAUGCUGGGGGUGUCUGUGUGUAUCAGAUGAGUAUCCCCAUAUGUGAGGGGAUUUUACCGGGGUAUUGGAGGUAUCUAAGAGUAUUAGAUGGCAAUUGGGGCUCUGUGGGUGUCAUAGGUGUACUGGGGUGUAUCAAAGGGGUAUCGGGGGUGUCUGGGGGGUAUCAGAAAAAUAUUUUACAUAUGUGAGGCGAUGUCAGAGGAUUAUUUGGGGUUUUUUGGAGGUAUCAGAGGGGUAUUAGGUCUCUAUGAGGGGCUAUCGUGUGUACUGGGGUGUCUGAGGGGAUAAUUUGCAUAUGUAAGGGGAAUUCAGAGGGGUGUUUUCGGGUAUCAGAGGGGUAUUAGGUCUCUGUGAGGGGCUAUCGUGUGUACUGGGGGUGUCUGAGGGAUAUUUUGCAUAUGUAAGGGGAAUUCAGAGGGGUGUUUUCGGGUA